UAACUGCUCUGGAUAAUUUGUCAAUUUACGCCUCUAUCUUAACGCGGAAAGAUGUCCAGACUAAUAGGAACCAUCUUGAUUUCCCUUUUAAUCACAUGUGCCAGCAGCCAUGUUGCUUGGGAGACACCUAAUAGUCUUCAACCAGUGCACGGCCUCUACGUAAUGCCCUCAGACGACGGAACAACUGGCGACUUGUACGUAGCAGCCACAGAAGAGAACGGAAGCAAAUCUCAAUGGCUAACGGAUCAACCUGUGAACUUUCUAGCAGCCGCUACUGAGAGUCAAGCUGUACCUCUACCGUUGACAUCAGGCUUAACAACUUCGCCACUGGAAGAGAAAUUGAACACUCAAAAACGAGCCGUUCUUGCAACCCCACCCAUAAAGUAUGCCUAUGCUUUAUCCACCACGGGCUCCGAGGGAAACACAGUGUUGCCUUACCCUUAUACAGCACCAUCAGCCGCUAAAACCGAAGAAUCUAACCUACCACCUUGUGCUACGGCCACUCAGUAUUACUCACCAUUCCAAUAUUUCUAUCCUCAAAUGAUGUCAGCUAUUGCUAAUGCUUUUAAUGCUCAUAACAAAGAAAACAGUGCAAGUGAGGAGGGCAAAACUUCGAAUGUGCCUACAGCCGUAUGGCCCCAUACUUACGCCUAUCCAUUUCAAUAUGUGAUGGUGGAUCCUAGUGCUUGGGCAAAUCAAAUUACAACAGCUCCUACACCGUCCACAACAUCAGGAAACAAAGAAUCGUAAAAUAACUCUUAAUUUUAAUUUAUAUAGCUAAGUAUUCUGUCUAAUUUAAGUUCAUAAUAAUUUAUUACAUAAAUGUAUUUGUAAUAUUUUCCUAAUUUAUUACUGAAAAUAAAUACAUUUAAUACAA